CCCUCUGCCUCUCCUUCCCCCAUUCUCCCGGAUUAAUUAAGGAGGCAGCGGCAGGAGGCUGAGUCCUGGCCGCGGGCCGGGGCCGGGGCGCCGCUGGCAGGAGCGCUUGGGGAUCCUCCAAGACUCAGUGCGGUGGGUUAUGACUGAUGGCAGCAAAGAGUGAGCCCUGUCCACUUUUGGGUUGACCAUGGCCUUGCUGGGGAAGCGCUGUGACGUCCCCACCAACGGCUGCGGGCCUGACCGCUGGAACUCCGCCUUUGCCCGCAAAGAUGAGAUCAUCACCAGCCUCGUGUCUGCCUUAGAUUCCAUGUGCUCAGCGCUUUCCAAGCUGAACGCGGAGGUGGCCUGUGUCGCCGUGCAUGAUGAGAGUGCCUUCGUGGUCGGCACGGAGAAGGGGAGAAUGUUCCUGAACGCACGCAAGGAGCUACAAUCAGACUUCCUCAGGUUCUGCCGAGGGUCCCCAUGGAAGGAGCCGGAGGCAGAGCACCCCAAGAAGGUGCCGCGGGGUGAGGGUGGCAGCCGGAGCAUCCCGCGGUCUUCCCUGGAACAUGGCUCGGACGUGUACCUUCUGCGGAAGAUGGUAGAGGAGGUGUUUGAUGUUCUUUAUAGCGAGGCCCUGGGCAGGGCCAGCGUGGUGCCGCUGCCCUACGAGAGGCUGCUCAGGGAGCCGGGGCUGCUGGCCGUGCAGGGGCUGCCUGAGGGCCUGGCCUUCCGGAGACCUGCCGAGUAUGACCCCAAGGCCCUGAUGGCCAUCCUGGAGCACAGCCACCGGAUCCGCUUCAAGCUCAAGAGGGGGAGGACUGCGGAAAGAGAUACCACUGGUGGGACAGGUGUACGAAGCUGUCACGUGUCCUCUCCUUCACCCAGGCCGCUCGAGGAUGGUGGGCGGGACUCGAAGGCCCUGGUGGAGCUGAAUGGUGUCUCCCUGAUAACCAAGGGGUCUCGGGACUGUGGCCUGCACAGCCAGGCCCCCAAGGGGCCACCGCAGGACCUCGCCCCCACCGCCACCUCCUCUUCUGUGACCAGCUUCCUGUACAACGCCACCCUCCCCAACCACACCGUGAGAGAGCUCAAACAGGAGGUGCCCGCCUGCCCGCUUGCCCCCAGUGACCUGGGCCUCGGCCGGCCCGGGCCUGAGCCCAAGGCCCUUGGUGCCCAAGACUUCUCAGACUGCUGUGGACAGAAGCCCACCGGGCCUGGUGGUCCUCUCAUUCAGAACGUCCAUGCCUCUAAGCGCAUCCUCUUCUCCAUCGUCCAUGACAAGUCAGAGAAGUGGGACGCCUUCAUAAAAGAAACUGAGGACAUCAACACGCUCCGGGAGUGUGUGCAGAUCCUGUUUAACAGCAGAUAUGCGGAAGCCCUGGGCCUGGACCACAUGGUCCCCGUCCCCUACAGGAAGAUCGCCUGCGACCCUGAGGCCGUGGAGAUUGUGGGCAUCCCAGACAAGAUCCCCUUCAAGCGCCCCUGUACCUACGGGGUCCCCAAGCUGAAGCGGAUCCUGGAGGAGCGGCACAGCAUCCACUUUGUCAUUAAGAGGAUGUUUGAUGAGCGAAUUUUCACAGGGAACAAGUUUACCAAAGAUCCCACGAAGCUGGAGCCAGCCAGCCCGCCAGAGGACGCCUCUGCAGAGGUCUCCCGUGCUGCCGUCCUGGACUUGGCUGGGACUGCUCGGUCAGAUAAGAGCAGUCUCUCCGAAGACUGUGGGCCAGGAACCUCUGGGGAGCUGGGUGGGCUGAGGCCCAUCAAAAUCGAGCCAGAGGAUCUGGAUAUCAUUCAGGUCACCGUCCCAGACCCUUCCCCGACCUCCGAAGAAAUGACAGACUCGAUGCCCGGACAUCUGCCCUCAGAAGAUUCUGGUUACGGGAUGGAGAUGCUGACUGACAAAGGCCCCAGCGAGGACCCGCGGCCCGAGGAGAGGCCCGUGGAGGACAGUCAUGGCGACGUAAUCCGGCCUCUGCGGAAGCAGGUGGAGCUGCUCUUCAACACGCGAUACGCCAAGGCCAUUGGCAUCUCGGAGCCUGUCAAGGUGCCCUACUCCAAGUUCCUGAUGUACCCAGAGGAGCUGUUUGUGGUGGGGCUGCCUGAAGGCAUCUCCCUCCGCAGGCCCAACUGCUUCGGGAUCGCCAAGCUCCGGAAGAUCCUGGAGGCCAGCAACAGCAUCCAGUUUGUCAUCAAGAGGCCUGAGCUGCUUACCGAAGGAGUCAAAGAGCCCCUCACGGACAGCCAAGAGAGGGAUUCCGGGGACCCUCUUGUGGACGAGAGCCUGAAGAGACAGGGCUUUCAAGAAAAUUACGACGCCAGACUCUCGCGGAUCGACAUCGCCAACACGCUGAGGGAACAAGUCCAGGAUCUGUUCAAUAAGAAAUACGGGGAAGCCUUGGGCAUCAAGUACCCGGUCCAGGUUCCCUACAAGCGGAUCAAGAGUAACCCCGGCUCAGUGAUCAUCGAGGGCCUGCCCCCCGGAAUCCCGUUCCGAAAGCCGUGCACCUUUGGCUCUCAGAACCUGGAGAGGAUCCUUGCGGUGGCUGACAAGAUCAAGUUCACCGUCACCAGGCCUUUUCAAGGACUCAUCCCAAAGCCUGAUGAAGAUGAUGCCAACAGACUAGGAGAGAAGGUGAUCCUCCGGGAGCAGGUGAAGGAGCUCUUCAACGAGAAAUACGGUGAGGCGCUGGGCCUGAACCGGCCUGUGCUGGUCCCUUACAAACUGAUCCGGGACAGCCCGGACGCUGUCGAGGUCACAGGCCUCCCUGACGACAUCCCCUUCCGGAACCCCAACACGUACGACAUACACCGGCUGGAGAAGAUCCUGAAGGCCCGGGAGCACGUCCGCAUGGUCAUCAUCAACCAGCUCCAACCUUUUGCAGAAAUCUGCAAUGACACCAAGGUGCCAGCCAAAGACAGCAGCAUUCCCAAGCGCAAGAGAAAGCGGGUCUCCGAAGGGAACUCCGUCUCCUCUUCCUCCUCGUCUUCCUCUUCCUCCUCCUCUAACCCGGAGUCAGUGGCAUCCACCAACCAGAUCUCACUCGUGCAAUGGCCAAUGUACAUGGUGGACUAUGCCGGCCUGAACGUGCAGCUCCCGGGACCUCUGAAUUACUAGACCUCAGUGCUGAAUCAGGACCUCACUCAGAAAGACUAAAGGAAAUGUAAUUUAUGUACAAAGUGUAUAUUCGGAUAUGUAUCGAUGCCUUUUAGUUUUUCCAAUGAUUUUUACACUAUAUUCCUGCCACCAAGGCCUUUUUAAAUAAGUAAAAAAAAAAAAAAAA